AUGGCCAACGAGAAGGACGUCUCACAGACGACAGAAAUCAUCGAAAAUGCCGCCCAGGUGCGUGAACGCGAGAGACAGCGGGCUGCCGAGUUCGAGGCUCCCAUGCAACACAUUCAAGAACUCAACGAGGCUGAGCAUGUCAACCUGAGUUGGCGAUCAUGGCUGGUCGUCUUCGUCACUUGCUUUGCCAUCAUGGCCCAAGUUUUCGUCGUCGUGGCCGCUGGGUCUGUCAUUGCAUUCAUCAUUCGAGAUCUGGGUGAUGCGCCAAUUGCUGGCUGGAUCAUCCAGGGCCCGUUGCUUAUGCAGAGUGUGCUGUCUCCAAUUGUCGGUCGUCUGAGCGAUGUGCUGGAUCGGAAAUGGCUGGCCUCAAUACCGCCCCUGAUCGCUUUUGGAGGUGCAGUCAUGUCAGCCAAAGCAACCUCGAUGUCCAUGCUCAUCGGAGGUGGUAUUCUCAUCGGUGUGACUUUGAGCACGAUUGCCAUUGUGCAAGCCAUUCCCAGCGAGGUCUUGCCGCUCAAAUACAGAGCUCUCGCCAAUGGAUUUGCCUUCCUGGGAGGCGCUGUGGGCGGACUCGUCGGGAUUCUCGGCUCAGGCGGCGUUACCAACCAAAGCCCGUCAGGCUGGCGAGACAUCUUCUGGAUGCAAGCGGCCUUUCACGCAGCUACUUUCAUCGGGCUCGUCCUUUUCUACCAUCCUACUCGACGAUCCGACUAUCCCAAGAUGUCGUUGAAAGAAUACAUCUGGGCCAUCGACCCCAUCGGAUCAUUCGUGUUCAUCGUGGCUUGUACGCUUCUUUUAUUGGCUUUAGACUGGGCAGGCGGUGCCUACGCUUGGUCGGACGUCCAUGUUGCUGCUCCUCUCGGCGUUGGACUCGGAUUCUUGGCAGUAUUUUGUCUUUAUGAAUGGAAAGGUCGAUCCGAUGGCAUCGUUGCCCACGUCUUCUUCAAGGGCUCGCCCAAUUUCGCGCUGUCUGUGUUUGCAUUUGCCGUCGAAGGGUGGAUCUUCUACAGCGCUGUCAACAGUGUCACACCUCAGAUUAUUCUCAAUCUUGGAUUCCAGACCAAUGCAUGGAAGAUCUCCAUCCGGCAGCUGUCUUACAAUCUUGUGACUUUGUUUACGUCCAUCCCACUAACGCUGUAUGCUACCAAGUACAAGGAUUUGAAAUCUCCCUUGAUCGCGACAUUCGUCAUUUUCCUCGUCGUCUGCAUCUGCUAUGCCGUUAUUACACCUAGCAUGAACAGUGCUCAGAUUGGCUUCAAUGUUCUGUCCGGCAUUGGCCAAUCCGGUCCUUUGACACUCAUCGUUGCCUUGAUCCAGUUCACCGCUCCCCAUGCCUUUCUUUCCACUGCAACAGGAUUGGGCUUCUCGGCCCGUGCGAUCGGAGGAGCAUUUGGCUCGGCGGUCCUGGAUGCCAUCAUCAACGGCAAGCUCAAAUCCUAUCCGACCACAGUUGGCAAUGCGGCAGUCGAGGCAGGUUUGCCUCAGUCAUCCGUGCCUGCUCUCAUAGAAGCUCUGUAUGCGGGCACUGGUCUUGUCGGAAUCCCUGGGAUGAAUGCGACGAUUGAGGCGAAGACGCUGGAUGCUAGUCAUUGGGCAUAUGCUCACGCAUAUAGACUUGCGUGGGCGAGCAUCAUCCCCUUUGUCGUCCUUGCUUUGGUGGGUAUCUGGUUCCUAAAGGGUGUGAAGGAAUUGAUGACCGAGAAGGUUGAGGCGACCGUGGAACAUGUGAACACAGAAGAGCAUAUCAAGGCCUAA